AUGAUUACUGUGCUUUCUUUCGUUCAGUUUAGUAUAUCAUUAGCGGCUUUUCUUCCCAAACGAAAUACCACCAUCACUGUCCCAGACGGGGUGACCUACUCCAACAAUGUGAUUUGCACACCAACUUCGUGGACGGAUAUUGUGUCUUUCUUCCUGGGCAACUACCUAUCUCAUGCGGCAACGGUCAUCACAUUCCCUGGAGAGCCAGCCCUCACCACAACAGUGAACAUGAUCUUCGCCAUUCUGUUCCCUUCCAUGGGCGCUAGUCGGGGAAUGAUGGCUAUCCUUGGACGAGGAGCCCUUCAAACUAGUCCUCUCAAGCGGGCGCUACAAUCAAGAGCAUUGUGCAUGGUGGUACGGUCUCGAGAGUGGGAUCCGAAAUCGUCACAGUCGAUACGAUCAUUGUCAAUACUGCCUAAACAAUGCAAUGUGAAUGAACCUGAAUGGUGGCCUUAUUUGAAGCUCGCACGGAAUAAAGACAACUAUGAAGAAGAGAUCAAGAGGCUGGAGUCAUACACAGGCCCAUUUGAACUUACUGUCUGCAUUCCUCCAUGGCUUGCCCCAGAAGGUAACACAUACAGUACCGUGCCUCCAUACUACAAAAUAUCCGGAACUUGUGAGCUCCCUCCCGGGUACGGGCUGGCAUAUGUUCCAUCCAAUGCGCUCAUAGAGCCCCUUUCGGCCGCGGAAAUACUUCGUUAUAAUGGCCAAGAUCCGCAAAACCUCUCCUCCACAUAUAGCUUUGCAGCACCGUUGAUGGCACUCAUUCAAAUUGUAUAUGGCUCGGUCACUUUAUUCCAGUCACGAGGGAAUCAAGUAGACACGUAUGGAUACGCUGCAUUCGGGUUCACCGUUGUGCCAUACUUGAUCAUGUCGGUCGUCAAUCUCGUCGGCAAUAUGGCAACUCACAGCUACCCAUCACUCUCUCUUGUUCAUACUGAGUUGAUGGAUGAAGCUAUUGGACGCGGCGGUGUCUUUACAGGUGCUGUUGGAAAGUUGAGAAGCGAGCCACUCCCAGUCAAUAACCAGUUCGUUUUCUCGGGUGUAUGUCAACGUCGCCAAGGGCCUCUAUGGGAGUUCGACGUGGGAAAGGUAUACCGUCACGGCGAGACUGAGCCCGAUGAUUUCUUUCCACUACGCACAACCGCCUGUGACAUUCCACACAAUUUGUCUCCAACAUCAAGCAGAUCGCCUUCUUUACAAGAAAAUCAAGAAAUAUCUCGACUCGUCAUCGUUUGUCCAAGCUGUUACAAAUUUGAAGUCAGCUCUUCAAGACCGUUUCCUUUGUUUCACACUCUGGUCUUGUCCAUUUCAUUGCUGCCCCUGGUAGCAAUCGGCGGACUCUCCGGGUUCAAGGCCGAGUCAAGCACUGUGGCACAGAGAGUCUGGAUGAUUGUAUCUCUUGUUUUCGGGAUGGUGAUAGUUACCAAUGCAAUGGUCGCAGAUUAUUGUAUUCAUGGCAUUCUCCAUAAUCCUGUUUGGAUGAAAAUCCGUGAAUGGAACUCGGCCGACCCGCGAAAAAAGAAACUUGUCUUUAUAGACAUCAUGACAUUUCUCCAGCUGAGUUUUACUAUGUGUGCUAUAGCCACUCCAGCAAUUGGUCACUUUGUUGUGGUGGGACAAAUGCUUUGGGAGUACGGAUCGUGCUCCCAGCUAUGA